GCAAUUGGAAGAGAAGUUUUUUGACUUUUUUCCCGUAAAAGAAUUAGAAGACAACGCAGGAAGCUACACUUUUGAGUACAUGAACUGAUCUGAAACAGAAGCGCGCGGAGUGAAUGAAACUGAUUUUCUCCCGUCUUCUCCUUAUCAAAAAUCCCAGCUUUUGAGGAGUGUUAACAACUUCCUCUCUUCUAUAAAAGAAAGAUCUCAAAGAGUGAUACACACGCUGGUUUCGAAUCCGGCAAUUUUCCUCAUUCGUGAUUCCUGAAAAUGGUGGCGCACCGAAUCAGUGCCGAUGGAGAUCGCCGGGGGCUUGUCUUCGCAUAUUACAUCACCGGCCAUGGAUUUGGUCACGCCACACGUGUGGUAGAUGUCGUCCGGCAUCUGGUUGAAGCUGGGCACGAGGUUCAUGUGGUUACUGCAGCUCCAGAGUUUGUUUUUACAACGGAUAUACAAUCUCCUAAUCUGUACAUUCGAAAGGUUUUGUUGGAUUCUGGUGCUGUUCAAACUGAUGCUUUGACAGUGGAUCGCUUAGCUUCCUUGGAGAAGUAUCUUGAGACUGCCGUUGUGCCUCGAGCCUCAAUUUUGGCAACUGAGGUUGAGUGGCUCAAGUCCAUAAAGGCUGACUUAGUGAUUUCAGAUGUUGUUCCUGUAGCAUGCAGGGCAGCAGCUGAUGCAGGGAUACGAUCUGUUUGUGUUACAAAUUUCAGCUGGGACUUUAUAUAUGCUGAGUAUGUCAUGGCUACUGGAAAUCAUCUUCGGUCUAUUGUCUUGCAGAUAGCUGAAGAUUACUCUCACUGCGAAUUCUUGCUUCGGCUUCCUGGAUAUUGUCCAAUGCCUGCUUUUCGAGAUGUUAUUGAUAUACCUUUAGUUGUCAGAAGAUUACAUAAAUCUAGAUUAGAGGUGAGAAAGGAACUGGGCAUUGGCGAGGAUGUGAAAUUGCUUAUUUUUAAUUUUGGUGGCCAGCCAGCUGGAUGGACACUAAAGCAAGAAUGGUUACCUGCUCAUUGGUUAUGUCUGGUCUGUGGUGCAUCCGACAAACAAGUACUUCCUCCAAACUUUAUAAAGCUUGCGAAAGAUGCAUAUACUCCUGAUUUAAUAGCAGCAUCUGAUUGCAUGCUUGGCAAAAUUGGAUAUGGUACUUUCAGUGAAGCUUUAGCCUACAAGCUACCUUUUGUCUUUGUAAGGAGGGAUUAUUUUAAUGAGGAGCCUUUUCUAAGAAAUAUGCUUGAGUACUAUCAGGGUGGUGUAGAGAUGAUAAGAAGGGAUUUGCUUAUUGGACAUUGGAAGCCUUAUCUUGAGCGUGCACUAACGCUUAGCCCAUGUUAUGAUGGUGGUGUUAAUGGUGGAGAGGUGGUUGCCAGAAUAUUACAAGAUACUGCCAUUGGCAAAUGCCAUUUAACGGACAAGUUGAGUGGAGCAAGGCGAUUGCGUGAUGCCAUAAUACUUGGAUAUCAACUACAAAGAUCCCCUGGUAGGGAUAUCUCCAUUCCGGAUUGGUAUACACAAGCUGAAAAUGAACUUGGCCUUCGUUCUGAAUCAUGUCAUUCUGGAGUAAAUGGAGAUACAAGUUUUGUGGGAUCAUGCAUUGCGGACUUUGAAAUACUUCAUGGAGAGCUGCAUGGAUUAUCAGAUACUUUGGCAUUCUUAAAGAGCUUGUCAGCACUUGACUGUGGAUCUGGCUCAGGAAAGAACACAGGAAAGCGCCAGCUAAGAGAGCAGAGUGCUGCUGCUGCGCUCUUUAACUGGGAGGAAGAUAUAUUUGUGGCAAGAGCACCUGGGAGAUUGGAUGUAAUGGGAGGAAUUGCAGAUUAUUCAGGAAGCCUUGUUUUGCAGAUGCCUAUUAGAGAGGCCUGCCAUGUUGCAGUGCAAAGAAACCAUCCAACGAAGCAAAAACUCUGGAAGCAUGCUCAAGCACGCCAACAAGCAAUAGGAAAAUGUCCCAACCCUGUAUUGCAGAUUGUGUCAUUUGGGUCUGAAUUGAGUAACCGUGCACCAACAUUUGAUAUGGACCUUUCUGAUUUCCUUGACGCUGACCAACCCAUAUCAUAUGAGAAGGCUUACAGAUACUUUGCACAAGAUCAAUCACAGAAGUGGGCAGCAUAUGUUGCUGGGACGAUUCUUGUCUUGAUGACAGAGCUUGGAGUUCACGUCACAGAUAGUAUCUGCAUACUGGUUUCUUCUGCUGUUCCCGAAGGCAAGGGUGUUUCUUCUUCUGCUGCAGUGGAGGUUGCUACGAUGCAAGCAGUUGCAGCUUCUCUGGGUCUAGAAAUUGCUCCGAGGGACCUGGCUUUGCUCUGUCAAAAGGUCGAAAAUCACAUCGUUGGGGCUCCCUGUGGAGUAAUGGAUCAAAUGACUUCAGCUUGUGGAGAAGCCAACAAAUUGCUUGCUAUGGUUUGCCAGCCUGCAGAGGUAAAGGAACUGGUCACUAUUCCAAACCACAUGCGUUUUUGGGGUGUAGAUUCUGGAAUACGCCACAGUGUCGGCGGAGGAGAUUAUGGAUCAGUAAGGGUGGGUGCCUUCAUGGGGCGUAAAAUGAUAAAAGCUGAAGCUACAGCCUUAUUGAAGGUAGCUUGCGCAGAUGCCACACAGCAAGUUGAUGAAAUAAACCCUGAAUAUGAAGAGUUUGGCGUUGAACUUCUUAAAAGAGAAGCUUCAUUGGAAUAUCUGUGCAAUCUUUCAACUCAUAGAUAUCAAGCUGCAUACAUGAAAAAACUUCCAGAUGGCAUACCUGGGGAGCAAUUUUUGAAAGAAUAUGGUGAUCAUAAUGACAAGGUUACCAUCAUUGACCCCAAGCACAAUUAUGGAGUCAAGGCAGCUACUAAACAUCCCAUCUAUGAGAAUUUCCGUGUGGAGACCUUCAAAGCACUAUUGACAGCAGCAACAACGGAUGAGCAACUUUCAACACUUGGAGAGCUUAUGUAUCAGUGCCAUUAUAGCUAUAGUGACUGUGGACUCGGCUCAGAUGGAACAGAUAGGCUUGUCAAAAUUGUGCAAGAAAUGCAGCUUCGGAAAUCGUCUCAUGAUGGAAGAUCUAGCUUAUUUGGAGCAAAAAUUACUGGAGGUGGAUCCGGCGGCACAGUCAGUGUCAUAGGAAGAAACAGCCUUCGAAGCAGUGAAGAGAUUUUUGAGCUCCAACAAAGAUACAAAGCAGCCACCGGCUAUCUUCCUCUCAUCUUUGAGGGCUCAUCUCCAGGUGCUGGAAAGUUUGGCUAUCUGAAGAUUCGACGCAGGCAAUUGCCAUGAUUGCAGUCAGAUAAAUAAGAUAAAUACAUAAACAACAAAGAAAUAGGCUUCAGGUAUAUAUAUUUGUAUAUAUCUUGAUGUUCCAACAUUCCAGUAUGAAAGAGAGAAAAAAAAAGGUCUCUAAGUAUUUUGCAAUUAUAUUUGACCAGCUUGUCUAGUUUGCUUAUUUCACUUGAGCAACAAAAAAAAAAAACCGAGGAACAUUUUGUACUAUUUCAUGAUGGUGGAUAAAGAGAUUGAUAAGGAAAUCAGGGUUUUGAUAUUUGGAUUGAAAA